AUGGACGACUGGUGGAGAAAUGUGGAUCUUGGAGGGUCGGGCAGCGUGGAGUGGUGCGCGGCGGCGCGCAUGUGGCGCGGCGCGUGGGCCGAGCUGGCGGCCGUGACGGCGCCGCCGCCCGUCAUGCCGCCGCCGCCGCCGCCACCGCCGCGGCCGCGCUCCCCGCCGCGUGAGCGCAGCGGCCGCGGCUCAGCCUCGCCCGACUCUACGUCGCCGGGCGACCCGCUACCGGGCGCGCCACCCCCGCCGCCGGUGCGCCACACGCCGCCGCGCCCGCCCUCGCCGUCCGGGGUGGACAGCACGGAAGUAGAUCUGGGCGCGUCCGAGACGCCGGACUCGUCGGGCUCCCCGGUCUCCCCGGCGCCGUCAUCUCCAUCCCCCUCGUCGCCUGCCCCCUCGUCCCCCAUCGCGGCGGCAAGGCGAGCGCGGGCUCAGCGCCCGACGCUGACGGCGGAGGAGGCGUGGCACUGCCUUGUCGAGGCCUCGCCGCCAGACACCGUCUGGCACUCGCUCCGGAACUGCGUCGCAUAUCAGGCGGGCGUGUGGCAGCGGCUGUGCGCCGCGGGCAUGCAGGCGGUGUCGCGGCCGGCCGCCUUCCGGCUGGCCAUCGUGCUGCGGCAUACGCGCACCGACCUGGCCGUGCGCCUGCUGGCGCAGGUGCUGCAGCGACACCCCGACGCGCGUGCAGUAUCAGCGUACGUGUUAACCUUAAUAACGGACGACGAGGCGGCGUGGUGCGGCAGCUGCAACACCAGCAACGGCCGCCGCAAGAAGCUGCAGCUGGCUCGGGCGGCGGCGCGGGCGCGCCAGCGGGGCGGGGACAUCGCCAGGGACGGGGCCACCAGCGACGGCGCCACCAGCGAGGACGGGGCCACUAGCGGCGACGGGACCACCACUGAAGAGGACUCGGAGGAGUCGUCGGGCGCCAGCAGCUCGCCGUCGCCGCCGCCGUCGCCGCCGCCCGAGGAGGGCCCGGCGGCGCCGCCGCGCGAGCUGCGGCUGUUCGGCGACUGCGAGCUGGCCGUGCUGGCGGCGCGCAAGGAGGAGUACGACGCCCACGCCAAGCUGGUGCGGGCCGAGUACUCCAAGCUCACGCACGACAACUACGUCGAGCUCAGGAUCAAGGUGCUGCAGCAGUUCUCCCAGAUCCCGCGGCUGUACCACUCGGCGGAGUUCGCGGGACUGGAAGCGGCGGCGCGGGAGAAUAUCGCGCGCGAGGUGGCCACGCUGAAGGAUCACCUGCCCAUGCACCGCUGCCGCAUCGACCAGUAGACCAUCCAGUAGCCCAUUACAUUACGCCGGCUUCACUAUUUUUUUUUAUAAUGGCCUGCAAGGACCCAUUCCAGGUUAUUCACAUAAGCAUAGCUAGGAGGGCAAGGGUGGGGUAUAACGACCACACUGGAAACUUCUUUUCCCACCC